AUGACAUCUUUUCAUAUAUUUAAAAGUAUUUUUAAUUCAUCAUUUGAAUUCUAUGGUCUAUCUGAAUGGUUAUUAGAAAUAAUGCCGGAUAAUGUUGAUAUCAAUCGUUGUAAAAUAAAUCGAUCACAUCAUGGUUGGAUAUUUCGAAGACAUAAUGCUCGUUCAAAAUUUAUUUGUAUGAAUUGUAUGAAAUCUCAAAUACAAUUACAUAAAGAAAAACUAAAAAUCAAUACAUGGACUUCAGUUUAUACAACAAUACUUUUUCGUGCACGAUUAGAUAAAUCAUUCAAUGGUCAAAAUAUUGGUCGAAUACAAAUGAGAAUAUUUGAACAAGGUUGUCAUACAUGUAAUAUUUAUAGUAUAGGUAUUCUUGAUGAAAAUGAAAUAAAACGAACAUUUUAUUGGUUAUAUAUAUGGAUAUUAGAAACAUUUUAUAAUGUUAAAUUUAUUGAUAAUGAACUCGAAGAUAUAUGUAUUCAAUCAAAAGGUUAUAAUCGACGACAAUUACCACAUGAUUCAAGUCGAUGUGAUGGAUGUCGAGCUGGUUGGUGUAAAUAUUUGUAUCGAUGUAAAAACAAAAAUAGUCUUAAAAGACAUACAGUUAUGUCUAUAUAA